GGGACAUAUUUACCUUCGUAUAUCGGCUCAGGGCGACGCGAGCUAAUUUCAGCCGCAGAACUUCGCCAGUAUAUAAGCAGUUUACAGUCUUUACGCCCGCUUCUUCCCUGUUCCCUGAACCAUGGCGGCUCCGGCCGUAUCAUACAAGGACCGGCAGUUCCUUGCGGUCAUAGGAGAUGAAGACUCCGUAACAGGCCUCCUCCUUGCCGGUGUCGGUCAUGUCACGGAUGGCGCAGAUGCCCAGCGAAACUUCCUUGUGGUAGACUCGAAGACUGAGACUGCCACGAUCGAGAAAGCGUUCCAGAACUUCACUCAGGAGAGGAAAGAUAUCGCCAUUGUCCUUAUCAACCAGCAUAUUGCAGAGCGUAUCCGGCACAGCGUCGAUUCCUACGCCGAGGCUUUCCCUGCCGUUCUCGAGAUCCCGAGCAAGGACCACCCAUAUGACCCUGAAAAGGAUAGUGUACUCAAGCGGGUGCGACGGCUGUUUGGAGAGUAGAGAUAGCGCGCUGUUCAUUUCGAUUUGAGGUUUCAUAUGUAUUACCAUCUGGUGGUGUUAUCUCAUUGCAGUCUCUUGUUUGCCGUUUCGCGGAAGUAUACACAUGGAAUGAGAGUUAGCUCGAAGGCGGAGGGGAAGAUACCCAAUCAUAUCACUUAUGCAUGAUAACACCAAGCUCAC